UGAAAUCCUUUGAACACCCCGUCGCAGCCAACCUCUGAAUAGUACCCCUUCGCAGACAGCCCCUUCUUGAUGAAAACCUUUGAACACCCUGCCUCUGCUGCCUCUACUUCUGAAGACCAGCCGCGAGAAGAAGUACGGAAGAAUAUAAGUAGUAGCGCUUACUAAGAACAAAUUCGUACAACUCUGGCACUUAUAUAUAUAGAAAUUGGUCUAAUUACAUUCUCAUCCGUGGUCAUGGGCGGCACGUAUAGUGAGUCUUCCCCGCAGCAGAACGAAAACAACAUGGGAGCACCAGAAACUACGACAAAAAAUGCCUCCGGGUCGUCUGGGGGCGCAAUUAUAGGCGGAGCACCUGCACCAGCAGCGUCUUCGUCCUCCGGUGAUAACAACAAUUACCUCAACAAGCAAACGGAUGAAGACCACGACACGCGAAAGUUUGUGGAACAGUGUCUCGCUACCAAGAUGCAGGAGCUGCUCGAUUAUGAACCGACUCUGGAAAACGCUUUCGGCACGAAUACGCCCUGCACCGACGUGGAGAAGUCGAAAGUCAUCUGCGUGCGCCACGCGAUUAGUUGCGCAAACUACGCCCAGAUGGCCUCUAAAUUGCCGAAGUUUUUUGACAAGUACAAACUGAGGAAACAGGAGCCGUUAUCCUGAGUAAAUAAAACGUCCCUGCACCAGAGUCAAGAUGGAAAAUCUGCUAGACAAAUGCCAAAACACGACUGCAAAAUAAACGGUUCUCAUGGGGCUCCGCAUGCGAAACUUUUUUCGCAUGCAGAUUUGCAUGACAGCUCUGGGGUGGGGACGUUUUUGCACAGGAUAGCCGUUUGAAAGUUUCGAGCAGCGCAUGACGGUGAAGAUCGGCACCGCGAGGUCCCUGGUCGACUGCCCGUUGCACCCCUACGGUGUGCUCCAGACGGAAAAGCGGGCGCAUCUGUUGGCAAACGUAGAUUUCCACACGGUUUUCGUCUCCCCCCUGAGGCGAACGCUAUCAACUGUAAAAAUGUCUGGGUCUGGAAGAAUUCAUGUUUGUCAUGCUUGUCUGGCAUGACUCUAAAAUCUGUCAUGCACGUUCCCCAAGAGCUCCGCUUGUCUGUGAUGCAGAAGCGCAGUUUGUCAUGCAGAAUAGGCAACACCUAGGAGCUCAAAAACUUGUCAUGCUGAGCCAGCAUUUGUAGCCUCAUGAUGAGACGCCACCCAGCAUCACAAGUUUCCAGACCCAGACAUUUUUACUUUUGAUAAACGCUGCAAACCUGCAACAGUCUGUUCAAAAACCAUCCGGGCAGAGAGAAAAUCAAGUUCGUCGUGCUUCCGAUGAUUCGGGAGUGGGUUCGCUACACCGACGGGAUCCCCUGUGACUACGCGCAGAGGCUGAAGUUUUUGUUCAGCUCCAAAACGAAGAAUCAGUGCGAUCUGGACUUUGAUUUUUCGCUCCUCGAGGAGGACUUGCUGGAAAAGAAUUACUGGAUUCUGCGCUCACUCCUGAACGGGGAAAAACGCGAAAUGCUGGAGAAGGAGAUUGUGAACAAGAAGCGGCACGAGUCGGCGCUACAGGAAUUCGAAGAUCCGGACUGCAACUCCAACGGAACAUCAGCUGGGCCUGGGUCCCCGGCACCAGCCGGCAUUUUUAGUGCAACCACUCCGACUGCUGCUGGUGCUGACUACGAGAAAAACGCGAAUGGCAAAGAAUCAACAGUCCUGUACGGAUUUCGAAAAGAAGAUGAUUGCGCUAUCAAGCCGGAUUUGUCGAACGUAAAGCAUUUCACGGACACGACGCUGCAGGAUAACGUUUUAGCGAAUACGUUUCUGCAAGAGACUAUUCCGUGAAAAUUAACCAUCCCCAUUCCCAUCCACUUUGUGCAUGACAAACUGAGGACUUUAUGUAUGUUUUACAUGACAAACUGGAUGGGGAUGGUGAAUUUUCAGGGGAUAGAGACGAAAAAGGUCGUCCCCCAUCCGUUCGAAGACUACUUUGACACCAUGAAGCGGUAUCAACUACAAAAAUGUCUGGGUCUCGUCUGGAAGAAUACAAACUUGUGAUGCGCAUUUCAGAACACAGAAAAAUCUCUCAUGCAUAGGCAGCAAAAGUUAUGCCCCCUUUCUGUCACCAAAAUCAGGGACUUGCCAUGCGGAUUCGGCAUUGCGAACGCUUCGUGAAACCUGAGAUGCUAGAGCUUCCAUGGCACACCUUCUGCGUCAUGCAAAAACAGCACGACUCUUCCAGACCCAGACACUUUUGCUUUUGAUAAGCGAGCAGAGAAAACGAAGGAGUUUUUAUCCGAGUACAUGUAUCCCACAGAAAAAAACAGGCAGGGCAGAUUUGUAAUGCAAAAAUAAAUACGCAGAAAAAUCUGUCAUGGGCAACGCCCUAGCGUGCUGUUUAGGACAUGCAAGACAGAUUGUUUUGUUUAUUUAUUUUUGCAUUACAAAUUUGACCUGCCUGCUUUUUUCUGUGUGAUAACAUGGCGAAAUUUGAAGCGACCGUAAACUUCCAGGAACAGAAAAUAGGCAUCGUGGCGCACUACCGGUUUCUCGAUGCCUUUUUCGCAUUAGACGGAAAGAACAAGAGGAGUGUCAAGGUGUCUCCGGUACACUUGCAGGGGGGCCGCAGCUUCGCGAACUGUGAGAUUGCGGGCUGGAACAUGUGAAGUGCCGACUUGUUUUUAAACUAAAAGCGAUAGCAGAAGUGCUCCUGGUCGACGUGAGGAAUGCACGAAAGGAGUUUGAAAGGCGUGACUGCUACUUCCACGUAGAAGUGAUACGCUAGUAUGCGUCGUCGUGGAUGUAGUUGAGGCGAAUUGAAUUGAGCAAAAAUCAUGCUACUCCUCUCUGGAGCAAACCUAUGGUAUCUUCGAAUGAGCAAAUAAAACAUAAGGUCGACGCGCAACGCCUUCUGCGGGAGAAGACAUCUUCCGAGGAAGAGAGAUCACAAAAUAAAACUCGCAAAU